CGGGGCUCGCGUCGCGCGUCGUCGUCGUCCCAGGCGCGGCCGCCCUCAGCUCGCCCCCCGCUCCUCGCCCCCUCGCCCCCGUUCACCCCCCGCUCCGCGCGCGCCGCCAUGAUCCCCGCGGCGGGCGUCGCCGGCGGCGCGGCGAGCAGCAUCGGCCUCUGCUCCAUCUUCACGGGCCUCUGCAGCGCCUGCUCCUGCGCCAUGUCGACCUGCGUGUCGUGCUUCACGGGCGUGCGCUGCUGCUCCGGGGCGGCCUGCGCCGGGAGCGGCAAGGACGCGUGGGGCGCGGGCAAGGUCGGCAGCCUCCUCGUGGUGAUCUACAGCGUCGUCCUGUCGUUCAUCUUCCAGUACGGCGUCGGCGACAAGAUGGCGCACUUCGACGAGUGGACGGGCCCCGGCGGCGCCUGCGACGGCGCGGCCUGCCUGGGCCAGCAGGGCGUCUUCCGCGUGAACGUCGCGACGGUCGCGUUCUUCGUCUGCAAUUGGGUCGGCUGCCGCAUGUCGAAGCAGUACCAGGACGGCCUCUGGAUUUUGAAGGUCGUCUUCUACGCGGCCUUCGUCACGGGCGCGCUCUUCCUGCCCUUCGAGCUCGUCGCCGGCUACGUCUGGGUCGCGCGCGUCGGCGCGUCGGUCUUCGCGGUGCUCCAGAUGGUCGUCAUCAUCGACCUCGCGUACCAGGUCAACGACUACAUGGUCGAGGCGUCGCAGGCGUCCGGCGGCUACGGCGAGGGGUCGGCGGCGACCUGCGGCCUCGACGACUCGCUCGCGACGCUCGUGGGCUUCGCGCUCCUGCUCUUCGCGGCCGCGCUCGCGGGUUUGGUCUGCCUCUUCGUCUUCUUCUCCGAGUGCGCGACGACGACGGCCUUCGUCGCCAUGACGCUCGUGCUCUGCGUCGCCGUCUGCGCGACGCAGCUCGCGCUGUCCGAGAGCGGCAACCUGCUCACGUCGUCCGCGGUCUGCGCCUACGGCGUCUUCGUGCUCUACACGGCCGUGUCGCGCGACCCGCACGCGCGGUGCAACCCGGCGCUCCACGACCGCGGCCACGACUGGCCCUCCGUGACCAUCGGCCUCUUCCUCGCCUUCGUGUCGCUCGUGUGGACGACGCAGGCCUCGUCGGGCGCCGUCGGCGAGCUCCUCGACGGCGGCGACCUCGGCGCGGAGCUCGUGCCGACGAAGGACGGCGACGACGACGAGGAGAGCGCCAAGUCCGAGCUCGGCCCGGCGCCCAUGGACUGCCUCGACGGCGGCGACCGCGACGGCGCGCGCUUCAACCUCGCGCUCGCGCUCGUGUCCAUGUACGCGGCGUGCACGCUCACGAACUGGGGCACGUGGGAGGCCGCGAACGGCGGCAAGGUCGCGCCCCUCGCGGGGCUCGUGUCCAUGUGGCUCAACAUCGCGGCCCAGUGGUGCCUCUUCCUCCUCUACGAGUGGACGCUCGUCGCGGGGCUCCUCUUCCCGGACCGCGACUUCUCCUAGGGCGGGCGGCGACGUCGCCCGCGCGGGCGCAGCGCCGCCCCCGAACCUCCCUUUUGUAUACUAGAGCCGACUCCUCCCGGCGUCGCGCGCCGCGG